GCCGGCCAUCUCUCGCUCUCUCCUCCUCCUCAAUCUUCCUCUCGCUUUACUGGCGCUUCUUCUCACCCUGGACAUUCAACCCUGCCGUUGAUCAUAUUGGCACGGGUACGUCUUUCGGUUUCUUCUUUUUUUCCCCCAAAUUUUUUGCACCUCUAUUUUUGUUCUUUCUCGAUCAUGUUCCCCUCGCUAUUCUUACGCGGGUCUUGAUCCAAUCUAUCGAUCGCUACGACCGUGCGCCUCUUCAAGGCUCGCAUUCCUGAUCAAUACAUCCAUUACAGCCAUACCUACAAUUCAUCCACCUCUCCGCAAACCAAUAUUAUUCCAAUUUUUCCAAUUGAUAUAGGCCUGGAUUUGUUUCUCGCGGCACUGUUCGGGUUUCUAUCGGUUUCGACGGUCGUCAUUCCACGAGCUCUUGCAGUCCGGCCGCCAUGGCGCCCGCUGCCCCUCAACUACCCACACGGUUUCCGUGCUGGUGUCGAGCUGUCUACUCAUGGGGAGGAGAAACAAAACGGGAUCUGGGUUUUGUGGAAGGGGAUCUCAUCGAGUGUUUGAAUGCAGGCGACGGGCAAUGGUGGAUGGGUCGGUUACGGCGAGAUAGGCGCAUGGCGGGACUCUUUCCAUCCAAUUUUGUUGAGGUCCUCGGGGAAGAUUUCGUGCCUGUGAGUCAGACCACAAGCCAGAUGAUCAAAGCGAGCCCAUCUCCGAUCACCAACCCGACCUCCGCUCCGAAGAAACAGAAGACGGUCUUCAGGAAGCCCUUUCAGGCUCACAAGGAAGCUCUGGCCCCCUCCGCCUCUGCUGAGCUGGCCCGCAGUUCAACCAAUGUAGCUCCAGCCACCAGCUCAAUUCCACAGACACCCCCUCGUCAUGGCUCCCUGCCUCGGAGCAUCAAGCCUCUGCGUACCCCCGCAACUGCCGUCAAGAACCACAGCUCUCUGACCAGACCUUCGUCGCGAUCAAAACCUCCGUCUCGUGCGAUAUCUCCACGACCUCCCCAAGAUCCUGAACUUGAAAUGUCGUCGCCGGUACCAACCAGAUCGAAUAUCCCGCUAUCCAGGCCCCCGUCUCGUGGAAUUUCCCCUCACCCGACAUACGAACCCGAGAUUGCUCCAAUGGCCCUUAUACCACCGCCCGUCCCAAUCAGGCAAAAUACCUCCCAGCCUCGGUCCCCGUCCCGUGCAGUUUCUCCGCAUCCAUUUUAUGAUCCCGAGAUGCCACCCCCCGUACCUAUCAGAGGGAGUUCCUCGCAGCCCCGGCCUACAUCCCGUGCAGUUUCCCCUCGUCCAAUGUAUGAGCCUGAGUUACCUUCGCCUACGGUUCCCAGUAGGCAGCUCAUGACGCUGUCCAGACCCGUAUCUCGUGAGAUCUCUCCACUUCAGCUUCAAGAUCGUGAAGAAUCUCCACCUCCCCCACCUCCUCCCCACCGGGUGGCUGUCAAUCGUCCGCCAUCACGAGACCUGCGCCUUCCCGCACCUUUUGACAUGAACGAUCGUUAUAUAACCAUGUCACGGACACCCUCUCCAGCUGCGCGAUCAGAUGUCAACGGGCACACCCCAUCACCGCUUCGAGAUGCUAUGGAGGAUGUCAUGACUUCAUUGGAAGAUAUGGGGAUGCCUCGCGAGACUCCAUCGCCCUCACCGGAGCCGGUAUUUAAUAAUCCUUGGUCACCCGACGCUUAUGACAGUUUUCGAGGCACAGCACCCAAGCAAAACCCUCGUCGACCGUUGACAUCUUUGGGAUUCGAUGGAGAUAAAGAUUAUCAAUACAACACCGUCCCAGCCCCGGCCCAUAGAAACAGUAUCUAUACCCACGAUCACUAUAUGGAUGGGCCCCCGCAGCUCAACAAUUACGUGCAGAGGAUGGAAAGUCGACUACGGCAGAUGCAAGAGGAUCGGAGAGGGUCGGAGGAUGUGCAAUUUUUAGACAACGACGAAGAGGAGGCACCGCCGCCGCCUCCGAAGAACGUUCCAUAUCAUGGGAGACAUAACUCUAUCCCAGCUCGAUAUCCAUAUAUGGGGGGUCGGAGGUCCGGACAAGACAUAAGAGGAGAUAUUCUCAAUCGAUCAUAUACCAACAAGUCAAGCACUACUAAUUCCUCCAGCGGUGUACAGAGCAACGGCACGAACGUGACAGCAAGUACAGAAAGGACCAGCCAAAGUUUGAUGAGCGGACCGUCAGCCGGUGGGUUUAGUGCAACCAGUGCAGGAAGCUAUGCCAGGAGAGGUCCUGCGGCAAAUGAAAGGCCAAACACAGCCAUGGAUACAUUUCGCUCAAGGGGUUUCAGCGAUGUUUCGCGAGUGCCGAGACCUGAAACACCUCUUACGGGCGUCUCUUAUCAUUCGAGUCACAACAGCUCACGACAAGGUGCUUCAUCAGCUAUUCCCUGGUCCUCCCCCGGGAAUAAUUCCGCAGAGUCUGCUGGCAUUCUCGGUGGCCUCGCUACUCCCAAGGCUAAAAAACAUGGAUUCUUCAAAAAGAUCUUCGAAUCGGCAAAAACAGGAGCAGCUAGUGCUAGAAGCAGUAUUGCCGUUGGUCAAGGUCAGAAUGGUGGAUCCUAUUCUCCAACAAAGGGCCGGCCAGUAUCCCCGAUUCCAUCCCCCAAUGCAACGCCAAACGCGGCUCGCGAAAUGGGACUUGGUAGCGGCGGUGCUAUAGAUUGGGUUCAAGUACGGCGUGAUGUGAACCGGGCGAGCUCCCCAAGCCGAAAUGAGAGAAUCGAGAGGGCGGAGCGAUGUCAAAUGAUGGACCAUCCCGUCAUUUACGCAGUGGAAGAGUUGCAUGAAACUGCUGAGGGUGAUGAAAGCAUUGAUGGACUACCAAUCAAUGAACCCACAAAUUUCGCUUCUGCCAAUCUUACUCUUGUCGACAAAAGCGCUCGGUUUGUCAACAGCCUACCUCCGAUGACAAAUCCCAUGAGUCUUGCUCAAGGGUACAUUUGUCGACCAUACAAGAGCGAUGUCCAACGACUACGUGCGAUUUUCACGUGGGUCAGUGAGAAGAUCUCUUGGGAUGACCCUGUGGAGGAGGAGAUGGAUGUCGAUUUAAAGAGGGUCCUGCAGACCAAACGUGGUAGCCCCCAGGAAGUUGCCUUUCUUGUCAAUGAGAUGUGUGCGGCCGUUGGUCUACAUGCCGAAGCCAUUAAAGGAUUUCUCAAACCCCCUGGUGAAUUGCUAGAACUAGACAGUCUCUCUCGGCCAAAUCACUGGUGGAACGCUGUCCUUGUCGAUGGUGAAUGGCGUAUAAUAGAUUGCGCGUUGGCAAACCCUACCAACCCUCGGAGGAAUCAGUAUGUCACGAAUCUUUCGUCAACGGCCGAAAGCUGGUAUUUCCUUGCGCGACCCAUGGAAAUCUGCUAUACCCAUGUGCCCUUGUAUCCUGAAGAGCAACAUAUUUGUCCCCCCAUUUCACCAGAUGUCUUAUUGGCUCUUCCAACGGCCUGUCCGCCCUAUUUCAAAAUGAACAUGCAGUUCCCCGACUAUGAUACUAGUAUCAUCCGGAUCGAAGGGUUGGAGGUCAUGCAAAUCCGUCUCCUGGUGCCAUUAGAUGUUGAAUGCGCCGCCGAAGUGGAAGCUCCCGCGUUCGCCUGUGAUGCAGAUGGUGAUUUCUUUGAAAGUGGUGAGAUUGUGCGCAAGCGUGCUCUUGUCCAGCCUGACUGGGUCUGUGGUCAAAAACGCUAUACUGUCAAGGCCGUACUACCGGGCGAUGAAGGACAAGGCAUGGUCAAAGUGUAUGCAGGCAAAAAGGGACUCAUGCACUCCAGUCGAGAUAUCCCCCAUCCCCUGGCGCUGGCACUUCCCAUCAUUCAAACUGGUGACAACCCACCAUACGACUUUGUUCUGCGCCAUCCAACUCCUCACGCUCAACGUCAUGACUUGUACAUCAUGCAACCGCAAUGCUCGAAGCUCGCCAUCAAUAACACGUUCGUGUUUGCCGUUCGCCAGCAUCCCUCCUCACCAGCUUCAUCUUCGCAGGGAGGCGAAUCUAGUACAAAUGGGCGUGUUUCUCCGUCUAUCUUUGCCCGGCCUGCAAGUGCUCUGAGCAUGGUCUCCAGCUCCGCCGGUGGUCCCAGUGCAUCCACAGUCUCCAACGAAUUCUCUGCCUCCACGUCAGCCAUCUCGUCCCGGUCGGGCUCAGGAAGGGAGAAGCCCGCCAAGUUGGCUAUUCAGUCACCCUCGGGUAAGAUCCUGCGACUGACUCGCAAGGCAGACCACAUGAUCGGCUCCACGGAUUCUGCUUCGGACGCUCCAGCGGACGGUAGUGUUUGGGAGACCGUCAUCAAAAUUGGCGAACGCGGCACCUGGAGAGGCUUGGUGCUGGCCGAUCGCGUUGCCCGCUGGUGUGUCUUUUGUGAAUGGGAAUGUUUCUAACUUGUCGAUACUUUAUUUUCUUUUUGGUAUCCGAUGCACGACUAUUACAAGUCUGAUGCCCUCCGUUAUUCUUGUUUAUUUUCC